GAAAAAGAAAACGGGGCACUUGCCAUGGGUGAGAGAUCCCCUCUUCUUGUCAUCAUGUUCUCUCUUGCUCUACUGACCAUUAAGCUUGAGAUUUCUCAUGGUUCCACCUAUAUCCGUUGCCGAGAGAGAGAGCGGAAAGCCCUGAUCGACUUCAAGCUCGGACUCCGUGAUCCUUCCCAUCGUCUCUCUUCCUGGGUCGGGGAGGAUUGUUGUACCUGGGAAGGCGUCGACUGCAGCAACAUCACUGGCCACGUUACCAAGCUCGACCUUCGGAAUCAACACAACGAGGACAUAUUUGACUGUUCUGACGAUAAUACGUUUGACAUUUUUGUGGUACAUACCGGAUGCAAAUGGGCACUGCGUGGUGACCUAAACCCAUCGUUGCUUUCUCUGCGGCGUCUUCAUCACUUGGAUCUCAGCGGCAACCAUUUUAAGCGCUUCGUGGGCAGAGUGCCCGAUCAGCUGGGGAAUCUCUCUGCCUUGCUCUACCUCGACCUUUCUUAUGAUAGAGAUUAUUUCCCUCAAAACUUGUUCAUCGAAAACCCUGAAUGGAUCUCUCGGCUCGCUUCACUUCGGCGUCUGAAUAUGAAUUCAGUCGAUUUUAGAAGUGCGUCCAACUGGUUACGAGCAUUGAACGCCCUCCCUCAUUUUCGAGAAGUUGAAUUGUCUGGCUGCUACUUGGGAACCUUACCUCGUUCGCUUCCUUAUGUCAACUUCACAUCUCUCACCAGACUUGAUCUUGGAUAUAACGGUUUCAACUCUAGCAUACCAGAUUGGUUGCUUAAUAUAACUAGUCUCCAGUACCUUUACCUUGGUAACAAUUCUCUCUCGCUCUUCCUUCCUGCCAUUGCCAAGCUGACAUCUCUCAGGGCACUCGACUUGUCGGGAAAUUUGUUCCACACCGGCUUUAUACCGAGAGCUCUGUCCGACCUCUGCAAGCUCCAAAGCCUCCGACUAAGUGACACGUCUAUCAACGAUUCGCUAGACAAUUUGGAAGUGGCUUUCUCUGGAUGCCUUAGGUUCAGCUUGGAGGAAUUGGACCUUCGCUCCACUAGGCUUGGAGGUUCCAUGCGAGCAGAUUGGUUAGGAAACAUGAAGAAUCUCAAAUAUCUUUAUCUUUCUAAGAAUUCGCUCCAUGGUUCAGUGCCUGAUUCUCUUUUUAACCUGCAAUUGCUGCAAGUUUUGGAUCUCGGUCUCAACAAUUUGAAUGAGUCGAUUCCCGAAGGCCUCGGACAACUGAAAAGCCUUUUCUAUUUGGAUCUCUCCAGUAACUCAUUGAGCUUGUCUGAAGUCCACUUGGCUAAUCUAUCAAGUUUAAAGUAUUUGCAUAUUUCUUUCAUCACGUCGUUCCUGAUGGAAAGCCAUGAUUGGACUCCUCCUUUUCAACUUAUAUCACUGGGAAUGGCUUUCUGCCAAGUAGCACCGAGGCCUCAUUUUCCAGUAUGGCUCCAAACACAGAAAGAUCUUUAUACGUUAGACUUGAGGACAACAGGAAUCAAAGAGACGAUCCCUAAUUGGCUUCCUUCCGGUCUCAGGCUUUUAUUCCUCUCCAAUAAUGAGAUUACCGGCGAGGUGCCACAGUAUUUGCCGAAUCUAAUAGCUAUGGAGCUCUCAAAUAAUUCCUUCUCCGGCCGUCUCCCUCCAGGUAUCUCAAACACGAUGCCAAACUUGCGCUUACUUGACUUAUCCAGGAAUAAUCUGAGUGGCACAGUCCCACUCUCUAUUUGUCGAAUUAAGUAUUUGGAGAUACUUGGACUCUUCCAAAAUAACCUCUCAGGAGAGCUUCCCAGUUGUUGGAAGAGUUCUUCAGUUCUACGAGUGCUAGAUGCAUCAAACAAUAAAUUACAAGGAGGAAUUCCUGAUUCCCUCUGCAAUUUGCAGCGGCUGCAAUUACUACACCUGAGCCACAAUAGUUUAUCUGGGCAGGUCCCUUUUUGUUUAAGAAGAUGUACGAGCUUGAUUAACCUUGAUCUAGAAGACAACAAAUUGAUCGGAAGUAUACCGGAUUGGAGCAAAGAAAGCCUCCUGAAGCUGAAGGCACUCAGCUUAAGCUCUAAUGCCUUCAAUGGUAGCAUUCCUCAAUUUUCUCAUCUUCCAUCCCUUCAAAUAUUGGAUCUUUCAAACAACAACCUUUCCGGAACUAUACCACGAAGCUUUGGGAACUUCCGUGCUAUGGAACUCUCCUUUCAACCAGAUUACAAUAGUGAUGAUGAGUUUUGGGACGACCACAUGAUGCUCUUCAUGAAAGGAAGAAAAUUGGAGUAUGACCGCUCACUACUUACAUUAGUUACGAUUAUCGACCUUUCCAACAAUGGGUUGUCUGGAUAUAUCCCUGAGGAGUUUGGGAAUCUACAUGGAUUGCGGAGCUUAAAUCUAUCUUGGAAUCACUUGAUAGGAGAAAUACCAAAUAACAUCAGUAAUUUGCAACAACUGGAAAUACUUGAUCUAUCAAGAAAUGAUCUUUCAGGUGCAAUUCCUUCAGGCUUAGCGGAUUUAAACUUUUUAGAUCAUUUGAACUUGUCAUACAAUAAUCUUUCUGGUAGAAUUCCCACCGGCAAUCAGUUGCAAACUCUUAAUGAUCCAUCUAUCUAUGCCGGCAAUCCAAAUCUUUGCGGUCCUCCUCUUUCCAAAAUUUGUACAGACGAUGUGUCCGAAGGUAAUGAAGGAGAGCCAAAUGAAGACGCCGAUAGUAGAAUUGAAACUAUUUGGUUGUACGCAAGCAUCACACUGGGAUUCAUCACAGGAUUUUGGACAGUUUUCGGAACCCUUCUGUUGCACAGGAGAUGGAGGAUUGCCUACUUCAGAGCUGCUGAUAGCAUAUAUGACUCGCUCUGUACUGUGAUCUUAGUGAACAUGGCUAGGAUCAAAACGAAAGUACUCAGAAGAAGUCGAGAAAACUGACACACUAUAGGCGCUUCGAUUACCAUUACGUGGUAUGUAACAUGCUAGCUCAUGGUUUUUAUUUCUGUCGCGUGAUCUAAACUAGCGAGACUCGAGCUUUUGCUUGUUCUAUGUAUCUGUGUAAGCAAAAUGUUUUACUUCGAUUGUAAUCUUAUUUUUCCUUAAGAACACUGUCGGAUGGGCUAAAAGCUCUUAUGCUUGCAUCUUUAUGAGAGUCAUCUUUGUUGAUUGAUACGGGUAAAA